CCGACGGAGCCCUCAGAGAGAACACCCCGGGGCAAGAUGGCGGUCGGGCCUGAGCUGCUGUCCCGGGCCUGGGAUACCUCAGAGGUAUUGGACUGAGGCGGUGGUAACUGUAGCUCCGACCCCGAGCGCCGGGACAUCGAGUGGAUAAAGGUCUACGGCCUGCGGAAAAAACAAGCUCCUCUGAAGAGAGAAGCUGCCCUCAGCUGUGAGUCCUGUGCAAGAUCCUAAUGAUAACCUGGCAUUUCUGCAUCACAGGCAGAUCCUCGGGGUUUGUGCACGUUUGCAAGCAUGUUCACCGUUUCACAGACCUCGAGAGCAUGGUUCAUCGACAGAGCCCGUCAGGCUCGAGAGGAAAGGCUCGUGCAGAAGGAGCGGGAGCGGGCAGCCGUGGAGAUUCAGGCCCACGUACGGAGUUUCCUCUGCCGGCGUCGACUGCAAAGAGAAAUCCGGAGAGAGAUUGAUGAGUUUUUUAAAGCAGAUGACUCCGGGUCCAGUAAAAGAAGCGCACUUUGUAUUUUUAAGAUCGCCAGGAAACUGCUGUUCUUGUUCAGGAUUAAAGAGGAUAAUGAGAGAUUUGAGAAGUUGUGUCGCUGCAUCCUGAGCAGCAUGGAUGCUGAGAGUGAACCCAAGGUAUGGUACGUGUCCCUGGCUCUUUCCAAGGAUCUCACUCUCCUAUGGAUUAAACAGAUCAAAAACAUUCUGUGGUAUUGCUGUGAGUUCCUUGAGCAGCUCAAGCCUGAAAUUUUACAGGACUCCAAACUCAUCACACUGUACCUCACAGUGCUUGUCACGUUCACAGACACUUCAACAUGGAAAAUUCUCCGGGGAAAAGGUGAGAGUCUUCGACCAGCCCUGAACCACAUUUGUGCAAAUAUAAUGGGACAUCUCAACCAGUGUGGAUUUUAUUCUGUGCUGCAGGUACUAUUAACCCGUGGCCUGGCGAGACCGCGGCCUUGUCUGUCCAAAGGCACUCUGACGGCGGCCUUGUCCCUAGCGCUGCGCCCUGUGAUCGCUGCACAGUUUUCAGAUAAUCUGAUCCGGCCAUUCCUCAUCCACAUCCUGUCCGUGCCAGCUCUCAUCAGUCAUCUCAGCACGGUGACCCCAGAGCGCCUCACUGUUUUAGAAUCUCACGACAUGCUCCGUAAAUUCAUCACAUUUUUAAGAGACGAAGAUCGAUGCCGUGAUGUGUGUGAAAGUUUAGAAGGAUGCCAUACACUUUGUCUCAUGGGCAACCUCCUGCACUUGGGCUCCCUCAGCCCCAGAGUGUUAGAGGAGGAGACGGACGGGUUCGUGAGUUUGCUCACCCAGAUGCUCUGCUACUGUCAGAAGUAUGUGUCCCAGAAGAAGUCCAACUUGACCCACUGGCACCCUGUCCUUGGCUGGUUCUCCCAAUCCGUGGACUAUGGCCUUAAUGAGUCCAUGCCGUUGAUCACCAAACAGCUGCAGUUCCUGUGGGGGGUGCCUCUGAUCCGGAUCUUCUUCAGUGACAUCCUGAGCAAGAAGCUGCUGGAGAACCCGGAGCCAGCCCAUGUGCAGCCCGCGUCCCCACAGAACGUGCUUCCCGUGAAGACUCUCUUGAAGCGUGCGUUUCAGAAGUCCGCGUCAGUUCGGAACAUUCUCAGGCCUGUCGGGGGUAAACGUGUUGAUUCCGCGGAGGUCCAGAAGGUCUGCAACAUCUGCGUCCUCUACCAGACCUCGCUGACGACACUGACCCAGAUCCGGCUGCAGAUACUCACAGGUCUCACUUACCUUGAUGACCUGCUGCCCAAACUGUGGGCGUUUAUCUGUGAGCUGGGGCCCCACGGAGGGUUAAAGCUCUUCUUGGAAUGCCUCAGCAGUGACACUGAAGAGUCCAAGCAGCUCUUGGCCAUGCUGAUGCUGUUCUGUGACUGUUCCCGGCACCUCAUCACGAUCCUUGAUGACAUCGAAGUUUAUGAAGAACAGAUUUCAUUCAAACUGGAAGAGCUGGUCACCAUCUCCUCUUUUCUGAAUUCCUUUGUGUUCAAGAUGAUCUGGGACGGAAUCGUAGAGAACGCCAAGGGCGGGACCUUGGAGCUGUUCCAGUCCGUCCACGGGUGGCUGAUGGUGCUGUAUGAGCGGGACUGCCGGCGGCGCUUCGCCCCUGAUGACCACUGGCUGCGAAAGGAUCUCAAACCCAGUGUGCUCUCCCAAGAACUCGACAAGGACAGAAAACGGGCACAGCUGAUCCUGCAGUACAUCCCACACGUCGUUCCUCACAAAAACAGAGUUCUCCUGUUCCGCAACAUGGUGACCAAGGAGAAGGAGAAGCUGGGGCUCGUGGAAACCAGCUCCGCCUCCCCUCACGUCACGCACAUCACCAUCCGCCGGUCCCGGAUGUUGGAGGACGGCUACGAGCAGCUCCGGCAGCUCUCCCAGCACGCCAUGAAGGGCGUGAUCCGCGUGAAGUUUGUCAAUGACCUCGGGGUGGACGAGGCAGGGAUUGAUCAAGACGGCGUUUUCAAGGAGUUCUUGGAAGAAAUCAUCAAGAGGGUGUUCGACCCGGCACUCAACCUGUUCAAGACAACCAGUGGGAAUGAGAGACUCUACCCUUCGCCCACGUCCUACAUUCAUGAGAAUUACCUGCAGCUCUUUGAGUUUGUGGGCAAGAUGCUGGGGAAGGCUGUGUAUGAGGGAAUCGUGGUGGACGUGCCCUUUGCAUCCUUCUUCCUGAGCCAGCUGCUCGGGCACCACCACAGUGUCUUCUACAGCUCUGUGGACGAACUGCCCUCUCUGGACUCCGAGUUCUAUAAAAACCUCACUUCCAUUAAGCGGUACGAUGGGGACAUUGCUGACCUGGGCCUGACACUGUCAUAUGAUGAGGAUGUCAUGGGUCAGCUUGUUUGCCAUGAACUGAUUCCUGGAGGGAAGACCAUCCCUGUUACAAAUGAAAAUAAAAUUAGCUACAUCCAUCUGAUGGCCCACUUUCGAAUGCACACUCAAAUCAAGAACCAGACAGCUGCCCUCAUUAGCGGAUUCCGUUCCAUCAUCAAACCCGAGUGGACCCGGAUGUUCUCAACCCCUGAGCUCCAGCGACUCAUCUCCGGGGACAAUGCUGAGAUUGAUCUGGAAGAUUUAAAGAGGCACACAGUGUACUAUGGUGGCUUUCAUGGAAGUCACAGGGUCAUUAUCUGGCUCUGGGAUAUCCUGGCGUCUGACUUCACGCCCGACGAGAGAGCCAUGUUUCUGAAGUUUGUGACCAGCUGCUCCAGGCCUCCGCUCCUGGGAUUCGCCUACCUCAAGCCUCCUUUCUCCAUCCGCUGCGUGGAAGUGUCGGACGAUCAGGACACCGGGGACACCCUGGGCAGCGUCCUCCGCGGCUUCUUCACCAUCCGCAAGCGGGAGCCAGGCGGCCGUCUGCCCACCUCCUCCACCUGCUUCAACCUGCUCAAGCUGCCCAACUACAGCAAGAAGAGCGUCCUCCGGGAGAAGCUGCGCUACGCCAUCAGCAUGAACACGGGCUUUGAGCUCUCUUAGCGCCUGCUCUCGGGGACUCCUGGGCUCCUGGGGACCCUCUGCCCCGGGAGGCGGCGUUCCCCUGGGAGCACAACCAACAGGUCAG